AAAGCCUGGCAGGAUCAUCAGGAGUGAGCUCUCUUCUGGAGAGCGCACGCAGACUCGUCUCAGUCAUACGCGGGGACGCAAAGAAGAGGAGCUCUCAUUCAGAUCGCUACCACACGAACAGCCACUUUGUGUUUUGUUGUGUUUUUGGUUGUUUUUUUUAGAGUAAACAACACUUAAACCCGGGUUUUGGAGUGUGAAAAGAAAAGUGUAUCAACGUGACGCACGAUUGGAAUAUCUUUAAUGAUUAAAGGACGCGCAGAAGUCGACAAAAAGUCAAAAUUGUGUCUUUUCAAGCAACUUGGAGCACAACACGGAGGGGAAAGUGUGAUUUUUGUUAUUAGUUUUCCCCCUCAUCUAAUUCCUCCCAGAAAUGGUGGGGCAUUUGCACUUACAAGCGAUGGAUGAUAGUCUAAAAGGAAAGAAUCGAGAGGGGCUGCUCGACAGUCCGGAUUCAGGGUUGCCCCCAAGUCCCAGCCCGCCCUUCUGCUCCCUCUCUGCGACUCUGCUGGAGUCGCGCUCCGGCAGCUGCACGACGCCCGUGGAAAGCCACCAUGGAUUUUACAAAAAGGAACGCCGAGAAGGCAAACUGGUAAGAGAACAGCUGCCCUACCUGCUGCUGAACUCAACAGGAACAGACCUAAGGACUCGCAUGCAGCCGGUGUUCUACGGAGAGAGCAUUGAAGUCAAUCCCAAAUCGGAGCAAGAAAUCAAGUGCAAUUCAGAGGUGAAGUACGACUCUGACAAACAUUACAGGGAUCAGGUCUUCUGCAGCCCUGUUCCUACGCCCACCUCCUACAGUGAGACGGUGGUGGCAGUGGGGAACUGCACCUGGAGGAGCUACAAGAGUCAAGUCUACUUGGAGCCCCGGCAGAGGCCCGUCAGCUACCAAAGCACCACCAUUAUCUACCCAAAACACGCCAAGAACACUUACCGCACCACGCUCAAUUAUAAAGCCAAAGGCUCCCGCCGCUGGUUCGUCUCCACCGUACAGCUGCAGUCCAGCGAGGACACAAGUCCCUGCAUCAUCUACACAGAGGACCUGUAGGGCCUAAACACGAGAAGGAGCUGAUCCUCCUGGUUUUAGUCUUUGUUCCAACUGUUGUUGUUUUUCUUCCUGGGAACUUGGAAAGGCCCACACUGAAAGGGAAGUACCUGGAGCCCCAACUCUGAAACUCAGACAUUUUCCCUGAGUUUUUGUUCUUCCUGCUGCUGCAGACUUUUGAGCUGCACGACGGAGGUUUCAUGUCUUAUUUAAUGUGAGAUCUGAUAAGCUGAAAGCGCCUCAGCUUUUCUCCAGGUUGGAUUAUAACCAUCAGAUCACAAAUAUCUGUGCAUAUAGGGAAGAGUGUCUUGGAUUUAAGCCAAACCUUAUCACAACAAUGCAAAGCUUUCUAAUUAUGGCUUUCUUGCACCUUUUUUAUAUUAUAUUUUUAUGUCCCGGUUCUCUCAGAGUACUUGGCAUUGCAGUGAGGAAUUUCUAUAUUGCCUCUGACAAAUUGGACCAAAGUUAAAUGAACAGUUUAUUUCCUACUAUCCCACACACUGAGACAGAAAGCUUAAGAACUUGAGACUAAUAAAGCACCUAAAAAUGCCUUUGAAAAGCGUGGAACAUUACAUGCAACUAUAUUAGAUGUUAGCCUAACAGCAGGAGUUUUUAAGGAGGAAUGGCGAGUUACAAAUCAAAGACUAAAUGUUUAAACAAACCAAUGUAUAUUUUAUUAUUUCUCUCUUGUCUGUAUUCAUUAAGAAGAACAAAGGUUUUCUAAAAAGUAGCAAAGUUGGUAAAGUUUUAGCUGGUGAUAUUUAGAGUUAACUUUUUAACCUGCUUUAAAAUCAAGCAUUGAUGUUUCACUAAUGAAACAACUGUAAAACAGAAGUGCAAUUGACCAUUUCCUGGUAAAAAUGCAGAUAUAAAAUGAAGAGUGGGAUCAUUUAUGUGCUUCUCUGAAUCCAUCUGCAAUUUCUUUGCAUUAAGUGACUUAAUGUACUCAAUUCAAUGUUGAUCCAAUGCUUGAUAAAUAUCCACCAUUAACCUUUAUUGAGGGAGCCUGAGCGGACAAAAUCGUUUUUCUUUUACAUGAAUUCUGAUGAUAAACUGCGUUUGACGCCAUCAACAAAUCUGUUUCAGGUUAACGCGUAGGAUGUUAUGUUUUAAAUUAAGAACAAAUUUGAGUUAUGUUUGAUCUAUAGCCCAUGUUUAAAAAAAUGAAUAAGUUAGAAGCCAUUUUUUCCUUUUUUAAAUGUGUUUGUCAUAUGUAUCUACAAAGUAUAUUUAGACUGCUGAAUAUUGAAACUCCUGACUUUACCUCAAUUUUUCAUUUGAAUCUUUUAUUUUGUUGCAAAUGUUUAUUCCUGAUCUUUUCUAUUUUUGUUUUGUUUGUUUUUUAAGUUGAAGUUGCAUCUGAGUUGGUGCAGAGUCAGGACAGGAGGGGGGGGUUGAUGCGGAGGAGGUUCAGCUCCUUGCUUGUGAAAAGGGGCACAGUAUUUGAGGGGGGAAAAAAACACACAAAAGAGGAUCUGCCUACGGAAUAAAAGGGAAACGUAUAUAAAAGCUGAGGAAAUGGUUUCCAGUGGUGAGGAUUCAGGGGCAAAGUGUUGAGAGCAUGUGAAACGUUGGAGAGCGAUGAGAAAGUUGACAGUUUAGUAUUUUGGCGUUUCGAUGUGUGAUACUUUUGUUUUCCCAAAACUUGAUUUUGUGGCUGUAAAAUAUGUUCCUAUUGUAUAUGUGGCAUCAAGGCACUUCAUAAUUCUCUUUAUAUUUUUGUACGUCAAUCGUUCCUGUUCUAACUGAAAAAAAUAUUUAAAGAAGAUAUAUAUAACCUUAAUGAAUAAAAGGAAAGAUGGUCCACAAAUGCCUCGUCUGUUUUGUAAGCAUUUGACAUCUUAAAUGAAAUAAAUUGAGCCUUAAAAGAA